AUUCCGUUUUAGUCGCUGUCUCAAAGCCGCGCUGGCCGCAUUAAAGUUAAAGCAGUAAAAUUAAAAUCCGGCUUGGUCGCCUUGUGUUCGUGUGGGUUAAAUAAAUCGCCUGCGCAGCCGGUUGCGUUUAAUAUUGUAAAUUAAGUGCAUUCCCGUUAACAACAAGUGCUCCAGUGGCAGAAAUAUUCAUUUCAAAUGCAAAUAAUGCACAAAAUACGCAUACCGAUGCAGUCAAAAAGUUAAAGCUUGAAAAGUUAAAGCCACGAUCAUUCAUUAUAUCUGGCUCCCGCUUCGUCUGCUUCUUCUUCUGCUUGCGCGACGUGUUUCGCUUACCUGUCAAAUUGCGCGUGUGUUGGUGUGCGCGCUCGAAUAUCGUUCCCUCUCGCUCGCUCUCCCACCGUUGGCGCAUGCAAAAAGGCAGCAGCAGCAGCAGCAACAACAACAACGGCAACUUCGCGUGAGAGCUUUUAAGUCGAAGUUCUUGGCGUUGGCGUUGCCGUCGGCAGAGGCAGCGACAGCGACUGCGGCUGAAGCAGCGAGAAACUCAUACAGAUAAAUCCUUAUAAAACCACAAGGCAUUUCUAAGUCAUGGAUUGUAGCAGAAGAAAAAUCAAAGUUUGCUUGAUUAAAGUCAGUUUGGAUUUAUAAAAUAAGCUUCAAUUCUUUGGACCUCAAUUGCAUUGCUUUCGUUAUGCUGUACAGUAAAACAUGGCAAAGUCGACACUUUAUGCUGCUGGGGUGACCUGUCUUGGCUUCGUUUGCUUCGCCUUGGCAUCUGUGGCCAUCGGCAUACCCAUUUGGGGCUACUACGAUAGUCGAUCGGGCGGCUAUGACUUCGAUCGAGGCUAUUUCGGACCGUUUAAGGUCUGCAAACAAUUGACAUAUAAUCGCGAGAAAUGCGGCAAUGAUGUAUCCAAGUUUAGGCUAAGCAAUGCAGUUUUUGUCAGUGGUCUCCUGGCCAUUGGCAGCUCAGCUGUGCUGGGAAUCUUCUGCAUUCUGUCGGUCAUUCAACAUGCGAUGAUCUCAUCCAGGGAGAAGGUGGUGAUGCCCUACACAACUCUAGUGAUAGUGAAGUUAAUGCUGGCACUGCUGGGAGGUGUACUGGCCAUCAUAGCGACGGUAUUGUUUGCUCUGCAAAUUGAUGAGCAGGAGCGUUUUGGCUUCAAGAUAUCGCGGGGCAUUUCCUUUUACAUACAGAUUGUGGCAAUUGUUCUUACUGUUGCCUUGUUUGUGGCUGCCCUGUACGAUAUGAUCUAUUCACGCAGUCCUGGUGGGGAUCCCACUAUGGCCCUGGAUGCUGCAUCUCCGGGUAGUGCCACCACUUUUAAUAAUCCUGGCUUUAAGGAGCCGCGUUCUCGCAACGGUGUCUCGGUGACGGAUGCCUCUGGCAAGCCGUAUAGUGGCAUUCGAAAUGGAGCUGGAACGGCGGGAAGUGUGGCCUCCAUGAGCACAACGGUGACCAGUGUGUCCAAUGGCUCCACUCUAGAUUCGGUGACCCGUUCACCCUUGAGAUCGAGCCUCAAAAAGCCCAGGCCCCGGCCGGAUCCCACGUUGGGUAUACAGAAUCCAGGUUACUCAGGAUCGGGCAGCUCGCCGCCGCCAAUGCGUCGCAAUGGCAGCGUAAAGAAAGUUCGAAUACAGACGCACAGCACUGAGGUGUAAAGGGAAAAAAUAUGGUUUCAAAUAAAAUUAAAAUAAAAAUAAGCAGCCAGCAAAAGAUAAAAAAUAUAUACAAAGACUGUGUACAGUAGCAAAAAAAGAACACAACAACACGAAGAAAAAGAAACCUUAUUUUAUAAGUUUCUCAAAUUAAUUAAUGGAUCAUUACAUCAAAAAGAAACUCUGCAGAAAAUUCAUUCUCAUUUGUCUUCCAAGAAGGAUGCAUUUUUUGAUUAUAAUUUUUUUGUAUUUCUGUAAGCAACGGUUUCCGUCCACGGGCAAAGGCAAGAGUAUUUAAUUUGGUUUUCUUCAAGUGUAACCACCUUCCCCAAGUGCCCUUACCACCACGCCCAGUCCCACUCAGCACCACUGUCAGCGAUAUAAAAAAAGAACGUAUCAAAACUGGAAUACCCUCUACUCUAAACUCUAAUUAAAAAUGAUUUGCAAUAUAUUCUUAUUUAACAAAAAUACAUUAAAUAAUUAUACCGAUAAACGUAAGCAUUAAAAGCAACAUUUGUAAAAUACAUAAAAAUCGAAACAAUGACACAAAUUGUUAUUUAUAAUUAAGUUUAAGUGAAUGCCGCGACUUGAGAGCAUUUGAAAUAGUUUCGAUAAUUGUAUGUUAUUGUUAGCCAAAACUUUCGAUUGAUUAAUCAGAGAAUAAUAAUUAAUAAUUAAUUGUUGCGCUAAGAUUUCACUAUUGAAGGACACUUAGUUUAAUUGCUAAGCUUGUUUGUUUAGUUUUUUUGUAAUUUAAUUGAAAAGCGUGUUUUAAUGCGCAUUUCCCUGUAGGCUAAGAAAUAUUACUAAAUAAAAGGAAAAAUUCAAAUUAUUUGUGAAUUUAAUAAAAA